AACAUUACACCAUGCACCAUUUUUUGGUAUCGUAUUACUGUCUAUAUCUAACAUUUUUCAAUGGCAGUUGGUCACUUAUUUGCAUCUUUGAUACUCCUCCUGAUCUCCAACACAGGGUCCAGUGCUGAAGACACUGUGUAUGUGGAGACAGGAGCUUCUGUUCAACUGGAUAUACAGAGAGAUAAACUACCUGCUGAGUUUGAUGAGUUAUUCUGGGAGAAAGAUAAAUCAAACACUUUAGUGAAAUAUUAUAAUGGAUUUAAACAAGUAAAGCAUUUUAAAUUCUACGAGGGCAGAGUCUAUUUCAAUAACAAAACCUUCUGUGUAAUACUGAAGAACAUGCAGAAGAAUGACAGUGGGGUUUAUACAGCAAUGAUAACUGGAGAUAAAAACGGCGAUAUUGCUGCACACACGGUAUCUGUUAUAGAUAAAGUGGAGGCUCCUCUUCUUACCAUCAUCCCUUACCAGUUAAGCAGUGACUCCUGUACUGGGAACAUCACAUGUAAAGGCCAUAACCUCACAAUCACCUCUACCUAUUAUAAUGGCAGCUGCUCUCCAGGGAACGGGACCUCACAUGAGAAGUACACAAUCAUCCUGAUCUGCAGUGGAAAAAACAUCAUCUGUAACAAUAGCAACCCUGUCAGCUGGGAAAAAUAUGAAACAAACAUUACACGGCUUUGUGAAGAUCGAGAUGAUCCAAAAAAGCACGAAGCUCACACAAAUCAUCUCAACUUAGUGAUUGGCUGUGUUGUCGGCGGUGUGGUUAUUAUGGCUGGGUUUGCUUUGGUCGCUCACUGCUGUUGGAAAAGAUAUAAAGGUGGCCAACAGGACUUUAAUACAGUCUAUGAGGGAGUUGGGGAUCAUCCAAUGGAAACCAUCAAAACUGAAUCUCAUACAUACGAUGUUCCAGAUCGGACUCCGGCUCAGUCACAAGAGACAAAAGAAUCCAGUACAAUCUACCAUAUGGUUGGACAACCCCCGAAUCAACCAGUCACUGCUGUAACAGAACAUACAAUUUAUUCACAAGUGUGUAAACAACCACCAGCUAAGAGACCAGACACCACUUCAUCCAACAACACCAGAAAUCCAACAGAGGACUGUGGAUAGUUACACACAUGGAGAAUUUGUCACACGGUAAUUUGGCCAAUUCCAUAAAAGCUUGUUAUUCUCUAGCAGUGAGUAGUUUGAUUAUUUGUAAUUAAAAACGUGGGUCCUAAAUGAUAGAAUUUUUGAAACAUUUUAAAUUGUUAAUGCUUUAUGCCUAAUUGUACCUUAUACAAAAAUAUCUAGAAAAUCACCAAUAAGAAAUGUCAGUUGGGAGAAAAAAAAGUAGAUACUGUGAAUGUUAAUGUAAAAAAUACAGGCACAUCUUGAGCACAAUACUGUAUAUUGACCUUCUAGCUUUAUAUUACAUGUUUUAUAAACACGUAUUCAUUCUGUGACAGUGCUGAAUUUAAUGGGUGUACUGUACAUUCCAGUCAAAGUACACUCAUAUGUCUGUUGGCCAUAUGACAUAACAUAUACUCAGGGAUAGGCUAUGUUUCUUGGUACUUACAGUAUAUUACAAUGAGCUGCGCAGCUCACAGGUUUCCAGUGUUUUUAUAUUAAUAAUCAUCAACACUCCAGGGGUAUAAAAACAACCACAUGAAUCAAUGUGGUUUACAGCUAAAUACACUGUAAACCACAGCUUUACAGGACAUUCAACCUUUCGAGUAUUAGCAAAGUCCGUUUAUGGAAGUCGUGCCACUCGGCGGCAAUGUUUGCAAUGCCUCUGGGCAGUUAAUAGCAAGUACACUGUCCUGUCUACUUGAAUGGGGGAAGGCAGAUCUUUUUUAAAUUGCUGGCAAAAAUCACAAUUAAACAGCAUAUGUCCUAUAAAUAAUUAAACCUGACGCGAACUGUACCAUAACUUGGGUUUGCUUAGCUUAAAUUGCGCUAAAAAUCACCUUUUUUGAGACAGGCUGGCAAGCGCCUCACGAGAGCCCCGCCCCAGAGAAUCGUCAGUCAAUACUGAUUGACGAUUGUCUCGUUUCACUCAGAGCCAUUGAGAGAGAGAGUUCUGCCAACGGAAGUCCGAAACGCUGGAGCGUCACGUGAUUCAUGGAGCGUUCAGAUAGUACCAGGAAGUUAUGUUUUCUCUUUAAAUGCUUUAUUUCUUUCCUUUUUUUUCAUUAAAUGGCUUUCGUCUUUAAAUGGGUUAAAAGUUUACCUCAGUUGGUCUGUUUAGUCGCAGCUCCAUGUGUUAGUAACUUCUGGGAACUAUUGAAACCGUGAAAAAAUUGUUCUAUUGGAGUCAAUGAAGAAGAGGCGGCUCUCUCUCUCAAUGGCUCUGUUUCACUGGAAGGCUGGACUUCCUUCGCUAGAACGGCCAUAUUGAGCGUUGCAUUCCUCCCCAUUCAUUGUAAUGGCAGUGGCGCAUCUUUCUAAUCUUUGGUAUUAGCCUGUUUACAUUUUAUUUUAUUUUACUUUGUUUUAUUUCAGUAUUAAAAAUGUGUUUGUUCUAUAAUUCAAACAAAAAGUUGCUUUGUAUUUCAUGUAAUUUUCUGCUGAUUUCUUUUUUAAUAAAUGUAUCCAAUGCAAUACAUUUGUAUUUUGCU